AGCCCUCACCAGCCAUUCCUCACGCGACUGUAACAAACGCCGGAAGCGACCCAACCAUAAACGGGCGUGCCGUUCGCAGUGUUCCAGCCGUAUUCAACAGGGCUGAUCCCAGUCGUGAUAUUUAUGACCAGGAAUCUUAGAGGGAUAAAUUGCGCCGGAAUAAACGCGUAUUUUACGGCGCCGGCCGGUACCGAUUUCCUGUUAUGUGAGGGAGAAAUAGAGCACUGGGAGUGAUUCAGAGAUAUGGAGCAGUAUAUAAGUGCAUGUACUGGGGGUAAAGGCUGUCACUCGACCAAGUGAGCCCUUCUAGCAGAGCUGCCACCAGCUCACAGCCGCACCAAACAACCAUGAAGCUCUUCCUUCUGUCUGCGCUGCUGGCUGCUGCUGCCGCCCAGUACGGACCUACCCAGUACGGACCAGCCUACUACGGGCCUGCCCAGUACGGACCUGCCCAGUACGGACCAGCCCAGUACGCUCCGUACACUCCGUACGGAGGAGGGAUCCCUCGGGCUCAUCCGCCGCGGCGGGACUAUCACUCCGUGCCCGACUACAGCUACGGAUACGGGGUCAGUGACCCCGUCUCCGGCGUGCACAACACCAAAGAGGAGACCCGUCUCGGUGAUCGCACCGAGGGCUCGUACUCGACGCUGCUUCCCGACGGCCGGAGGCAGAUCGUCACCUACUGGGUGGACGGCAACUCGGGCUACAACGCCAAGGUGACUUACGAGGGCGUGGCUCAACAUCCACCAGCCAAACCUGUGGUCCACACACCGGCAGUGCCGAGCUAUGGUGGUCUUGGACCCGGCCAAGUCUACUGAGACCAAAGCGAAGUCGUUUUAAACCAGCCUGCACGGACCUGCGUUUCGUGAAUUUUUAAUGGGACGGUGGAUCUGUGUUUCGAGUCGGUGUGACCAAUGCUAGCUGCACAUGGAAUUGGAAAGCUAGCCCAUUCGUUUGAGCUGGCAGAACUGACCGAGAAUGGUGCGAGAAUGCUGGUAACCAAAGGUGAAACUGAUGAGGUAAUGGUAAGAACCGAAGUGCCGUGUCGAAGGCGGCGAAUUCCAGACAGAAAAUGAUAUUUUGUAUGACCUCCGCCAACUACCCGUGCCUGUGAAUGUGUGGCAACGUGACAAGAAGUAUGUUUGUCUGUGACUUUUUUUUCCUGUUCAACCGCGAUCGCUAUCAUGCUUGGUUUGGCUCCGCGAGCGUGAAUCAAAGUCCAGUUAUUCAGAAUGUUAUCAUACAAACGUUUGCCGGACAAAAUCUCCAGACUGUCAAUCCAGAAUAUAAUAGUAUGGCGUACAAUGCACGCGGCAUAUGUAUGACAGGCCUCAAGUGUUUUGUAUCUGAAGUGUCCCAAUUAUAAGGUCAACGAAGGAAUACACCAGUGAAGUGAACUCUGUCA